AUGGCCUCCAAUGAAGUGUUAGCCACGCUCUGCGAGGAUCUCCAGCUAUCGAAACUGGCGAUCUCGCAGAUCCAGGCGACAUUUGCACAGAUUGGACAGCGGGCGCCGACGCCCGAAACGUACAACGAGCUUGUUCGGUUAACGCUGGGCGAUGUCCACGUCGACCCCGAGUUAGCAGCGCUUUUCGAUCGUACUAAGGUGUACCUUAAUCUGAGCCAAGUAAAGGUAGCGGUUCGGCUUCGCGAGUUGAUGGAGCAGCAUCAGUUGCCGGUCAUCGAUGCCCUUCAGAAGAUCAACUUUAAGGCGCCGCGCCCGGGCAAAGAGGUCACCCAGUUUCUCGAUUGGGAGCCGCUGGUUAAAGGCAGCUCUACCACCCCUAAAACCAUCACCGAUGACGCCGCCGCGUGGCCCCCGAUUCUCCCCCUGAUAUCUCUGGAUGUGCUCUUGUUAAGGGCCCUUACCGACAAACUGUGGCGACUGCCCCUGGACUUUAUCGAGCUGCUGGAGUUUAAUGACUUCUCCCGCGCUCACAAUGGCAAGUUGGCCGUGAAGGGGGCGCUGGUGUUGCGGCUUGCCCUUGUGGACGUCAUCGAUGAGGCCUACCCUUUCAUCGGCGCCGAGGAGUUGAACUAUUUGGUGAACCAAGCCAUUAAUGAAACCGCCCUUGCAAAGUUUGCUUUGGGCUACAAUUUGCUUGAUAGCUACCGUUAUUGUCUCAGUGACCAGCUCCCGGAAUCGGAAAAGGUGAGUCUUGUUGCCCGGGUGUUCCUCGCCUACAUUGGCGCCUUGGCUGCCGAUAGCUACUCUGUUGAAGCCAUCACUAAGUGGAUCGGCAAGCUUUACAAGCCGCUUUUGAAGGACCUUGGCGAGUUUACGAUUUUGCUGAUGGCAGAAAACGAACUCAAUUUCUUCAUCAACCUGACCCCAGAGAAUACCCUUGAAUUCAAAGAGACAUUCGAUGACGACUUGGGGGUGCACACUUGCGAAGUGGUGUAUGGUGAGGGCGAAGUGUUGGGUCUGGGCACUGACUCUGAGAGUGCCGCCAACGCCCGACAAAAAGCCGCUUUCGCCGUUGUUGGUGACGCAAAUCAAAUGACAAAGAUUGUGCGAGAGCUGAUUAACCGCUACGUUCAAAAGCUGAAGACUACUGAACAAUUUGUGGUAGACAGCGCCAACGGGGCAUCUCCGUUAACUUUGGCUCUGCCACUCAUGCAACUUAAGCAAAAGCUUGACGAGAACACUAUGACUGCUAACGUCGUUUACAACCCGAUUGCGCAAGAAAUCGUGGCAACAAUUUACGUGAAGGGGGUCAGCAUAGGUGAAGGCGUUGACACCACGAAGAAGGGGGCUCUUGCCAAAGCUGCCCAACACGCUAACGAGCGGAGUGGUUCAUGGCAAUCUUGGUUUACAGCAAUCAAGAAGCCCGUUAAAAAAGCUGCUCUCAAUUACUAG